CAAAGCAGAGUGAGGGGACAAGGAUAGCGCUGGAGACACUGAUCCUCUGUCACUCCCUACACAGGAAUUAUACUCCACUAGCUACAAAGCGACCUUCUCAUUUUAAGGACCUGAAUACAAAGGUCCACACUCAGCCUAGCUCUGCAUGCUAGCAUCUCCAGGAGCUGAUACAUUGGGUCCCUUGCUGCUCCCCUAACAAUGACAAGGAUGACAAUUCACUGGGUGACAGCUGCUUUCUUCCUGGGUGUUGGCUGCAAUGUCCUCGCUACUAAAGUUAAUAAGCACAAACCUUGGAUUGAAACAUCAUACCAUGGAGUCAUCACAGAAAAUAACGAUACUGUCAUUCUGGAUCCACCUCUUGUUGCCUUGGACAAGGAUGCACCAGUACCUUUUGCAGGAGAGAUCUGCGCAUUCAAAAUCCAUGGUCAAGAUACUCCUUUUGAGGCCAUAGUAUUGAACAAGACAUCUGGUGAAGGCCGUCUAAAAGCAAAAGGAUCAAUUGAUUGUGAACUUCAGAAAGAAUAUACCUUUAUUAUUCAAGCGUAUGACUGUGGAGCAGGUCCAAGUGGUGCAAACUGGAAGAAAUCUCAUAAGGCUGUAGUCCACAUACAAGUGAAUGAUGUAAAUGAGUUUGCACCAGUAUUUAAGGAGAAGACAUACAGAGCUACAGUGACAGAGGGCAAAAUCUACGAUAGCAUCCUACAAGUAGAGGCAAUGGAUGAAGACUGCUCCCUGCAAUUCAGCCAGAUCUGCAAUUAUGAAAUUGUUACAAAUGAUGUGCCAUUCGCUAUUGAUAGAAAUGGUAACAUCAGGAACACGGAGAAGCUUAGCUAUGAUAAGCAGCGCCAGUACGAGAUUAAAGUCACUGCUUAUGACUGUGGGCAGAAACAUGCAGCUGAAGAGGUCACAGUCAAAGUGGAUGUCAAGCCUGUGUGCAAGCCUGGUUGGCAAGACUGGGAGAAGCGCAUUGAGUAUAACCCAGGAUCAGGAAGCAUUGCUUUAUUCCCUGGUGUUCAUCUGGAAACUUGUGAUGGACCUGUUUCCUCAAUCCGAACGAGCAUUGAGCUGCAGACCAACCACAUUGGGAAAGGCUGUGACCGGGAAACCUACUCUGACACCUCAUUGGAGACAUUAUGUGGUGCCUCUUCUGGAGCAAUUGACUUGUUACCCUCUCCCAGUGCUGCCACAAAUUGGACAGCAGGUUUGCCUGUGGACAACAGUGGAAUAAUCUUUAAGUUUGAUGGCAAGCAAGGAGUGAAGAUCCCAGAUGCGAUUGUACCAAAGAACCUCACCGAUCAGUUUACUAUCACUUUGUGGAUGAAACAUGGUCCCAGCCCUGGACUGAGAGCUGAGAAGGAAACCAUCCUAUGCAAUUCUGAUAAAACAGAGAUGAACCGCCAUCACUAUGCACUAUACAUACACAACUGCCGUCUUGUCUUCUUGUUACGCCGGGAUUUUGACCAAGCUGACACCUUCAGACCAGCUGAAUUCCACUGGAAGCUGGACCAGAUCUGUGACAAAGAAUGGCACUACUAUGUAAUUAACAUAGACUUCCCUCUGGUAACAUUAUACAUGGACGGAACAACAUACGAGCCAUAUUUAGUGACCAAUGACUGGCCCAUUCACCCUUCACAUAUUGCCAUGCAGCUGACUGUGGGGGCUUGUUGGCAAGGGGGUGAAGUCACAAAGCCCAAAUUUGCACAAUACUUUCAUGGGAGCAUUGCAGGCCUCAUGCUCCGACCUGGAAAAAUCGAAAGCCACAAAUUGAUCUCCUGCUUGCAAGCCUGUAAGGAGGGACUUGAUAUUAGAUCUUUGGACAAUCUGGGCCAAGGUGUAAAGUAUCACUUCAACCCCUCUCAAUCCAUCCUUGUCAUGGAAGGUGAAGACAUUGACAGUAUAAAUCAAGCACUACGCAAGGUCUCGUACAUCAACUCUCGGCAGUUAUCUACCACUGGCAAACGACGACUCAAGGUGUCAUCCAAAGUCCAAUGUUUUGGAGAAGAUGUGUGCAUUACAAUCCCAGAUAUAGAAGCAUAUAUCCUGGUUUUGCAAGCAAACGAACCGAAGAUAACAGUCAGUGGUAUGGAUCACUUUGCACGUCCUGCUUCUGAAUUUGAGACUGCAAACGGUGUCAUUUUGCUGCCAGAUAUUAAAAUUAUCAGUACAGUCACCAAAAUGGAAAAGCGAUUGGAUAAGAGCCUCGGCAAGUCUCCUAAUCCAGUGGUUGUAGAGGAGACAUUGCAUCACCUGGAUUUCUGUGAUAUCAUGGUAAAUGGAGAGGAACUGAAUACUAAACAAGAAUGUCUGGAGCUCGAUCGAAGUGCUCUGCAAGGCAAAAAUCUGGAUGCUACAAAUUCAACUAAGGGAUAUUCAAUAUAUGGUGUGGACACAAUGAAAAGCUAUGAGGAUGUCCUAAGGCAAGUGCGCUAUCGCCACUGGGAUUCAGCUUCUAUCUUCGGACGGAAAUUCAAAGUGAAAUGUUCGGAAUUAAAUGGACGUUACACAAGUAAUGAAUUUAACCUUGAGGUUAACAUACUGCACAAUUCCAAUUUCAUGGACCAUGUUAAUCACAUUGCGGCACCUCCACAGUUUGUGCAGUCUCUCCAGCAGCCAAACUCUGAGCUCUCAGGUCAUGAAACACGGGUGUCUCCAGGUGCAACCACCAUAGUCCUAGUUGCCUGUGUCAGUAUAUUGGUUAUUAUUAUUGUUCUGGGGAUCAUCCGAUUGCGAGCUGUCCACCAGCAAGACUUUCAGGGUAAAGAAGCAGCAAAAGAGACAGAUAUGGACUGGGAUGAUUCUGCUUUAACUAUCACUGUUAAUCCCAUGGAGAAAUAUGACACAAAUGUAACAGGAGAAGGAGAGAGUGAAGAAGAGGAAGAAGAAGAAGAUGAGGAAGCCGAAGAUGAGGAAGAUGAGGAAGAGGAAGAAGAAAGCACAAGUGGUGAUUCUGGAGAAAGUGAUGAUGAAGAUACGGAAAGCAACAUUAAGGCAAAGCAACACAACGCAGCACGAAGAGGUCACCUGGAAUGGAAUCGCUUAACACUUACAUACUAGUGCUAUCUUCUUCCUACUCUUCCUUUUGUAAACACAAAUGUAUUUAUUUCAGAGGCAAGUUAGUUAAAGACUCUGGAUUCAAUGACAGGAUUAUCACUGAUAAGCACUGGUACUUUUGCCCUGUUGCUGGCUCACUCCAUAGACACAUGAAAGGGGUGCCUAGCUCUAGCAAAACUCUGGCAGUGCUGGAGGUGUUGUUUUCAAAUUCAGCUACAGUAGUUUAGAGCUAGGGUGUACACUAGUUUUGAGAGACAUACAAUAAGCAAUAUAUUUGCCCCAAAUACACUAGUUUGCCAGUGUGAUGAACCCAAUUGCUCUUGGCUGAGU